UUCAGGACACACUGGAUGUGUUUAAAGAAAAGUUGGCAUGCAAUCGAAUCCAGCAGCUCAGCACCAGGUACAGAGCGGGGCCCGAUCGGUGCAAGAGAGCCUCACUUCUGACUCGUUCAGAUGUGACCAACAUCCUUCUCUUGGGGCAAGCAUAAUGAGGGAAAUGCCUUGUUUCUGCCUGAUUCUGUCUUUCUUGUGGGAACAGAUGGUAAAGGCUUAUAAAUAUAUGAGUGGUAUUUUCUUGGUGACUCAUCCAUCAACCCAGCGAAGCUCAGAUUGUUCCGGGCAGCCGACCAAGAUGGACGUAAGUUUACUUGAAGAACAGUACGGCUGCCUCACACAGAAGCAAAAGCUGCAGACCCACAUUAUUGUGUUUAAAACAGGUGAGCGUCAGGCGGUUCCUGGGGAAUCUAUGGUCAGCACCGUUAUAAUAAACAAAAAGAUGAAGAAAGCUAAAGCAUUUAAAGAACACAUUCCCAUCAGGGAAGUCAGCCUUGGCUUGCCCUGUAACGGCAAUGUACAAGAGAGUUCACCGUGGCGUAUCCAUCUGGGGAUCCAUCGUCUUGUACAAGAAGAGCACCCCAAAUCUCCUUACGAGGCUAUCCAAAAUAAGAAUGAACAGCUCAAUGCUAACGGUGAAACACCGUCGCAGGAGAAAAAUGCAAUCUCAAGUGAAGAAUUAUUAACAGGUACUGAACACUCCGUUGAGUCACUCGAUGAACAGGGGAAUUCAAGCCCUGCGGAAAAGACAGAGAGUUCCAUUUGGGCCAGCUGCACAGAUCGACCUUUGAAGCCAAUAACUUCGCCAGUGUGGACACGCUCAGAAAUCUCAGCCUGCAAACUGGCCCCAGCAGCAUCUAGUAAGCUACCCUACUACCCUUUCCCCCAGAAAAAAACACCCAGGAUUUCUGAAGCUGCAAGAAGACUUGGAUUAUAUGUUUCACAGUGAGAACAUUUGAAAAAAAAGGAAGGGGGAGCUAAGAGUCAGUUCACAGUCUAGGGUUGCUGACUGGGGAGAUUUGAAGGUGGGGUUAUGGGAGAGGAGAGAGACCUCAGCAAAGAGUAUACCAUAGAGUUGACCUCCAGAGCAGCCAUUUUCUCCAGGGGAACUGAUCUCUGUGGUCUGGAGAUCAGUUGUAAUCCAGGCCCCUCCUGGAGGUGUAACGAGCUUUUGCCUGUGUCUGAAACUAAGCUUCUGCUUAACCAAAAGAAAGAUGUAUCUUUCUCUUGGAAAGCUUUUAGCAAUUCGUUCUCAGACCUGUUAAACAGCUACGUUCUUUGAACAACCUGUUUAUCAGUACAUUUAUUUAUAUAUAGGGUUCAAUAUUGCUUUGCAACUCCUUAUCAAACACACAGACACCUGUUUAGAGUUUAUUUCACUUUAUUGAAAAUACACCCUGGUUUUUUAAUGAAGCAAGUAAUUAAAAUAAAAAUGGUUAUUAAUAUAAAUCCUAUAAAACAGAACACAGACAGGCGAUAAGAAAUAAGUUUGCUAACAUUUCCUAAUAAAUACCAAGUUUAACAUAAUCAAAGUUUCUAUGUAAUGCAUAGGUAAAGAUAAAUUCUCACCUAAAUUCUCUUAAGAGAUUUCUUCCAUUGGAGCUUUGACAUUCUAUCUGAAUUUGCAUUUUUAUAAGUUAUCAUAUCUAAGUCAAAUAUCUAAGAGCUUUUCACGUGAUAGCACAAACAAACAUUAAGUGGUCUGAUGCUUCAUUGAAUAUUCAUAGUUUCUAUUGUACAACCUUCCAAUUAGUAAAAAAUGACGUUAAACUUGCAAAACAAAACUAUAAAUCUCUGAAAAAUGUCAGAAAAAGUUAAGUUGAGAGAUCACUAUUGGUUGAAUCUCUGACAGAGGCACAUUAAUCUUGAUAGAGUCCACUAUUUUAAUUAACUGUCAAAAGAUUAAAGCAUACCUGUUAGAAUUACCUAACACACAGAAAAAAACACACAGACGGUUCAUGAAAAGUUUGAAAGUUCAUUUAGAAUACAAGUACAUGGCCUAGUAUUGCUCAGUAUUGAUUAUUGUCAUGUGCUUUUAUCUAUAUUUAUCUAUAUCUAUCGAGCGGGUUGGGACCGGCAUAUCUUCGGGACCGCCUCUCCCUGUACGUUCCCCGGAGAUCGCUUCGAUCAGGGAAUAAAUAUUUACUUGUGGUCCCCGGCCCUAAGGAAGCCCGCCUUGCUUCAACCAGGGCCAGGGCCUUUUCAGUCCUGGCCCCAGCCUGGUGGAACGCUCUGUCAAUGGAAACCCGGGCCCAGCGGGACAUAUUAUCGUUCUGCCGGGCCUGUAAGAUAGAGCUGUUCCGCCAGGCAUUCGGUGAUUGAAGUGGGCGGUGCCAUGUCGGCCUCCCACCUUUGGGGUGGUGGAGGGUUCUCCCCACCACUGCACUUUGUUAAUUUGUUUUAUUAUUUGUAUAUUGAUUUUAGUUCUUGUUUUUAUCGAUUUUAACUGUUCACCGCCCAGAGCCCCUGGGGAUGGGUGGUAUAUAAAUUGAAAAAAUAAAUAAAUAAAAAUAAAUACUGGUGCAACUGAGGUUGUCAACUCUAGUUCACAAAGGCAGAUUCCACCACCACUACCACCCCAUGUGCACAACGGAUGUUCCUGCUAUGUCUCUGGCUGUAGGGAAACAACAGAACUUUUGCAACCACUAAAUUAGUAUACAUCCCAACAUUUUUGCAAAUGGGUAUGUGUGACCAAUGACUGCAGCUCUUUUUCUGUAUUUAGGAGAGAAAGGGCUUUCACUCAUCCAGCUUGAAAAAGAAAGAAAGAAAGCACGCACAAUAAGGUGGGCCGUGCCUGCACUCCUUGGCUUGGUCCCUGUUGUCCCAAAGGACUGAGGGUGGGGGAGAGAUUUGGAUUCCCUCAAGAAAAUUUUCCUUGUUAGAAAGCAGCCUGUGGAAUUCUGCGCUAUGGCCUGUGUUGCUUGUUAGAAUGAACUUGUCCUGAAGUAGUGGAAACUAAUUGUGUGAACUAGCUCUAAUGAUUUGCCAAACACUUUGUCGAGGAGUAAUUGAGUAAAAUCUGUUUGGACUAUUCAGCAUCCAUAUUAAAACAAAUACAGUUUGUAAUUUCAUUGCACACAAGUUUUAACUAUACAAGAGUUUAUAAUUUCAUAUGACUAUCAAUAUCAUGGAUUGUUUUUGCUAUCUGCUGUUGAAAACAAUAUUUGUCUAGCUGUGCCUGGUCGAACGAAAGCAGGCAGUUACUGCAUUCCUAGACUCAUAUAAGCAAACUCCAAAUAAUCCUUUGAAAAAUUGCUUUUCUGUCCUUUCCAGACAUAUGUAAUUAUUAAAAUGUAAUAUUUUUCAAUUGUAUUUUUCUACAAACUACUGAUUUUUAGGAACGCAAAUUCUGUUCCAUCGUCUUAUGCUUCAAAGCAAUGAGAACAGCAUUUCCAAAAGCUGUUGAUGACUGAACUGGACUAAAUUUUGGGUUACACCAUUUAAUUAACUGUCUGAAUUGGCAAUAUGUGGUACCAGUUUUAGAACACUAUUAACAAAGAUGAUUAGCUCAUACAAAUUAUUUAUGACUUUCCCCGCCUAUGUGCUUUGUAAAAAAUUACAUUCAAUGACACUUGGUUUAUUGUAGUUUCCAAGAAUGAAUGUAGCACUUAUUUAAAUAUAUUCCUCCUAUGGUUUUCCACAUUAUUUUCUCAGAAGCAAGUCAAAAGGUACAUUUGAGGUUUUUGCGUGUGUAUGUUAAUAAA